AUUGUAUGAGCGGCGACAAAGUGGAAUUUUCGUUGGAGCUAACAAAUGAGCAGUUCAAACAAAAAAUAGUUGAAAUCUAUCCCAAGUUAGAAAAUGCUUGUUUUGUGUUCAUGAAAGCUGGCAAAGACAACAUAUUGGAAUAUUUGAACCCUGGUAUAUGCUGCUUCCGAUGUUACACGCCAGAAAAUGUUUACCGCAGUGAACGAGGACAAGGGAAGCUUUAUAUACGAAAGAUUGCUGAGAAUCAGGUAUUGUUUACUUAAUGCUUGCUGUUACCAGUUCUCAAUUUUGUUGGUUGAACCAUCACUGACCAAUCUGCGAGUUUGCUUGCUUUUCACUGGGUUGCCCCCCUCCCAUGCCCCCACUCUUUUCCGCCAUAAGUUUCUUCCUGAUCCACCAACGCAUUGUAAGUCUUCCUGAAGACGUGUCUUUUUGAACCAGGUACUGGUCCCCAAUCGCUGUUAAUCUUGUUGUUGUUGUUGUUGUUGUUAGGGGGCGACGCUCUUUGAAAAAACCCUAAGGCUCCGUCAUUACUUGUCCGAUCGGAAAGAAACUUGACAUAAUUAUUCUAAGCAAUAUCCCGAAUCGAUUGGCGGUGUUCGAUUUUUCAUUUUUGACUUUAGAAGCAAGAUACAAGCAAUUUUUGACUGUAUUCGUAGCAAAUAAUAUAUACAUAUCAUUAAUAUUCAGCAAAUAUAUCAGCAAACGCCAACGAUAAGAAAGACAUUGUCUUGUCUAUUGUUAUGAACACAAUCACAAAAGUCUAAAGCUUCUCAAGAAUGUGAACGACUAAUUAUAACGAUUAAUUAUAAGCGUUUCGGUUGACUAAAUUUAACACGCUGGUUUAGUUUCUCAAAGCGCAGAGGAGUAAUACUCCUAUCUGGCUAUCAUAUAGUCAUAGAAAAUCGCGAACCGUAAAAACAAAGACAUGUCAUGUAAUCUUUUUAAGUACAAGCCAACUUCGAGAAUCAUUAGUUUCACAAGUGUCUACAGGAUCCCCACGCUCCUUGAAAAUCCUGGAAAGUUAAGUCCUUGAAUUUGUUAAAAAAAAAUCCAGGCCUGGAAAUUCCUUGGAAACUGAUAAGGUCCUUGAAAGUCCUGGAUUUUUUUUCAGUUGGCUGGAAAUAAUUGAAGAAUUAUUACCAACCCAAGGAUUAUUGCCCAAAUGUUUAUUUUCUCCAAUUUCAAUUAAUAUUAUGUAUAACAAUUGUUCAAAAGUUGUUUCGAUGUCAUUUUUUUUCUAAUUGCAUUCCUCUCCUUAAGUUUAAGGAUAAAAGUUAGAUGAUUUUCAAAGAUUUUUCCAGUUGCCAGGUCCUUGAAUAUACUGAAAAAGGUCCUUGAAAAUCCUGGAAAAGUCCUUAAAUUUCGUCUUCACUAAAAGGUGGGGACCUGUGUCUAGUUAUUUGUUGAUCAAGUUAAAAUCUCGAAGGUUUUGAACAUUUACAGUAACGAUUUGCACAAGAUCGAAACUGGGUCACGCAGUUUCUGGUCCACUAUAGUACGAUCGUACUUGUUUAAAUAGAUCGUCCAGAUUUUUUAACAAUUUCUUCCACCAAAUCCAGUGAAAUACGAGUGUUUAUAAUUGAAGCUUCAAUAUUAAAUCACCUGCAAGAGCAUCACCGACCUUGUUGUUUUGUUUGUUUGUUUGUUUGUUUGUUUGUUUGUUUGUUUGUUUGUUUGUUUGUUUGUUUGUUUGUUUGUUUGUUUGUUUGUUUGUUUGUUUUGUUUUGUUUUGUUUUGUUUUGUUUUGUUUUGUUUUGUUUGUUUGUUUGUUUGUUUGUUUGUUUGUUUGUUUGUUUGUUUGUUUGUUUGUUUGUUUGUUGUUUUAACUUACCUGUAAUAAUUUACCUGAAAAUCAGCUUAAAUUACCUGAAAUUACUCGUGAACAAACUAUUGGGGAGGCGAGGGGGUGUUACAUCUCCUCCAACUGCCCGGUCGUUACGGCCCUGAUGACCAUAAAGUCCAUAGAAGUAAGACACUUUGAGGUAGUGAGGUUACAUGUUGCAAGACUUCCUGAUGGUUAAGGAGAGAGGAAAGCCAUGGUAACGGACUUUCAACACAAAAGUACUGUAGCACAUUGUAAUGUGCUAGAGAGCAUUGUCAGUGUUUCGCAAAAAUUUCAUCUUCAUGUCAUAUAAAAUGAAGAAACCGGAGUCUCCAGAAUGCUAUAGUGCAGUGACGUUUAAAUGCAAAAACCCUAGGGAGCCACUUUAAAGUGAGUAAAACAAUAUAAUGGAGUAUAUUAGAUUAUAUUUCGCACGCUCUGCGAACGGUUUUCGAUUCCUGCACUGUGUAUUUGACAUUUGUCUGUUUCGUUUUCACCUUGAAUGUGAGGAGGAUGCUUCAGAUUUGUCACCACUCAGGCACAGGUUUAUUCGUUUUCCUCCUGCACUGGUAAAACUCUGACCAGUAAUAUUUUCUCUGUUCCAGAUAUCCCAAUGUAACCAUGGAGUAUUUCCUCUUAAGAGAAUGCGUCGUGCAGGUGGUGGUUAUAUACCAAUUCUACCAAAACCUGUUCCAGCGGUCUCCACAACUACAACUGUCGGAACUGAGUCAACGGAUAAUGCAGUCGCUUCAGUUUCCAUGCCAACCAAUCGCCAGUUACCAGUACUGGGCAACUCUGGAAUUGAGUCGAGGGUGUUGGUGCUUCCUCCAGGUUCUAUGACAGGACGAGAUCCAACAUCAUUUCCUAAUGUGUUUUCUGCGGCUGAAUCAAGACAACCAGCGCAAAGUACUCUUAAUAUGAUACCACAAAGUCAACUACAGUCGUCAGCUAUUGCUGGGACUGAAUUACUACCACCAGCUCUCAGUUCUGUUGAUAUGGUUACACAAACCCAGUUACCAUUGUCAACUAUUGUUUCCCACAUAGCAUCGACACCACCAGUUGACAGUUCUGCUAAUGUGGUACCACAAAAUCACUUACCAUCAACUAUUUAUGGGACUGAAUCAAGGCCACUAACUUUCAAUGCAAAUGCAAUGGCAACACCAGGUCAUUCUCUAUCAUCCAGUGGUCCUUGGACGGUACCAACAGCGACUAUAGUACCAUCCGUUACCAUUGGAACAUUGUUUCCACCUUCGUCAACUACUAUUUACAACACAAGUACUAUAACAACACCAGGUCCGUCUAUAUCGUCUAAUGCUCUUUGGACGGUACCGACAACAACUAUGACACCAUCAGUUACCAUAGCAACAUUUCCUGCGACACCAUCUCUGUCAACUUCUGUUUUCAGUACAGAUGCAAUGACAACACUGGUUCCGUCUCUAUUACCUGUAGUACCAUCGGUGAGCGCGGCUACUUCAAGUCUGUUACCAAUGCCUGUUUCCUCAAUGUCACCACUAGAUUUUAGUUCUGUCACAUUGAUACCCCAAAAUUCAAAUAUAGUUCCUGGAAUUAAUUUUGCCACGAGUUCAGAUAUACUCCAAACUGAUGUCAAUAGUGGAGAAGCAAGUUCUACGAGAGGAAAUGAAGUUUUGAAUAAUGAUCUGCUACAAAGAGCACUUCUUUUUGGAGACGUUAAUUUCCAAGCACUACCCACAGAUGUUCGCAAUGCGUUAGGCAAGUAAAAGUUUAUGGCCAUCGGUUAGCAGAUUAAAAAUAAUAUUCACAGUACAAGAAAAUAUUUAACCAUGCAGAAAAUACAUGAACGAUACAGAAACCAAUGAAUAAUAUUACACUGAAACAAUUCAGUCAGACGGAUACAAGCAAAAUGAAUUGUUUAAUAAGUUCUUUGUAGCUUUACAUGGCGAUAAAACAUAUAAUACUUCUGUUUGUAGAAUAAAUUGGGUGUUUCCGCAAACAAAAGUAUUAUAUGAAUUGUUUAGUUUACUUGCAUGAAUUAAAAGGAUUCAAGGGUUUUUUGCCACUUCUUUAUAAAGUUUACAAACCGUGGAAUUUUUAGUUUAGUUAAGGGACAUCUAAGUUUUGUAAGAAAAGUCAACAUAAUACUGCGUCAAAAGUGUUCUACCAAAUCCUUUCUGUGUGUACUUGUGACAACAAUUUUCUUUUUCUGUUAUUUUUAGAAAGUGCAUCUGUGAAUUACCUGAACCAGUCAUUCCAGCCAGCUUUCUCUGCUUUUCCUUCAAAUGAAAGAAGUUUGCAGUCUUCUAGACUGCGUGCCUUGGCAGAUACCACAGUAGAACGUGGACCAAUUCAAGAAAUGCAAACGAAUGAUACAAUAAAUUUGACCAGUCCUCUUGUGCAGGUGUGGACCAUUUGAACAACAGUCGUCUUUAUUUGUUUGUACUUGUUGUAUUCACUUCAGAAUUUAAGCUAAAUUUGCCAAUCUUUGAUUUACAGGAAAAUAUGAACAUAACAGAACCCACAGGUAAGUUACCAAAAAACCAUUUGCGCAUAUUGGACCUUAAAGCCAGGGCCGAAUUAAGGCAGCUUCCUCGCGUGAGGCCCCUUUUUCCGACUGCUGUAUAACCUAAAAAUUAGUCACAAACUAAUUAAUUAAUUAAUUAAUUAACUAAUUAAUUAAUUACCUUGUAUAAAUUAGUCACAAACUGAUUUUUAAAUAUUCUCAAUAGAUUAACCAUUCGAGCAUUCUUCAAUCGAGAUUAAUUUUUACUGUUGUAAAUAGUUUUUGUGUACGUCUGUAUUUGUGUUGUCUUGGUGGGACUUAAUUGGGAACUUCUGUUCCGUUGUCCUGACCUUCGAUCUUAUUGAUUGUCAAGUUAUUAAAAAAAAAACCUGAAAAAAUUAAAACUGGUUUAAGUAAGGUUGAAUUACAAUCUUAAUUCCAACUGAGAUGUAACGACCAGUAAUGUAUUUGAUAUCAUAACAUUUAUUACUGGUCUUUCACUCUUGCGAACGCAGGCUAGAAGCCUAGGACACUCGAGUUAUGUGAAACAACAUGACGGCUUCCAAGGGUGAAUGUUUAAAUAUGCCGGAUACAUCGAUUGCAUUUUGCCAGAAUUCGAAGGAAUAAACGUGGAAAUUCGAACGUUUUCAAGUCGAUUUUUCACUCGAAUGAUUGCAGUUAAUUUUUCAGUCAUUUCUCACUCCAUCUUUGUACUGUUUUAGAGAUAAAUAGAAUAACAGUUCUUCAAAAGCUUGACGUUUUGUGCCGGCCUGAAGUGCGGGGACCCUUGAGGAGUUGAGGGUGCGGGACUGUGGGCCAUAUGAUUAAUGUGGCUCUGCGUGAAAGCCCAUUUCCACUUCGGAAAAUUUUCCACAGAAAGAAAUUUUGUAAAAUGUUAUUGGCCAACACAAAUUCUCCGUCGGAAAAAAUUUUGAGGUUGAAAAUUUUCAACUUUAAGGUGGCUCGAUACAGUUUUCAAACAUAUAGGUGUUCAACACUGACAUGUUCAAACUACGCAUUUUUAGGAUUUAUUCAGCAGAUAGUGGGGUUUUUAUAUAUUUUGAUAACUCUACUUUCAAAUUAUAUUAGUUUUAGUAACAGAUACAUAGUUCGUUGCUAUGACGACAUACGUGUACGAAAUUCACUUCAAAAUGGCCUUUCGUCUCGUAUAGUUGGAAAAGAAGCAUGGUGACCCCCAAUUUUUUUUCGUGCAUUAUUUUACUUUGACGAAAAGCUAACAUUUAGCAAAAUAUAAAAAAAUUCUGCAAUGUCAUUUUUUUGGAAAACGCGAAAAUGUCAUAUCCUUCGGUAAAUUUUUUCUGGCAUUACAGAAUUUUUUAUUUUUUGUAAAAUGAAAGUUUUUAGCAGUGCAAUACAGCAUGCAAAAUUUGAACAUAGGUCACCAGACAAAAUAAAGAGAUAUAGCGCAUUGUUUUUCUAAAAUGGAAAAUUCUAAUGACGUCAGCAAUUGAUAUAAAACACGCGCAAUGGCGUAAUAUGGCGCGAGCAACUGCUCACGUCAGGUCAUUUUGGAAGUUCUUUUCAUUUUGUUAAUCAGUUUCCGCGACUUGCGUAUAAAAAUGGUCACCCGGUUUUGAGUUCGCGAUUCUUGAGCAGGGUUUUUGUGAUAACUAUAUCGAGCCACCUUAACAAUGAUAUUUUCGGAAAAGUUGCUAUCCGUGGAAAAUUUUCUUGAGUGGAAAUGGGCCUCAAUAAAAACAUUAUCAGUAGUAAUAUGAGACGGGUACUUUUUUAACAUCUGUUUAUGAGGGUGUGUUAAUUAGAGGCUGUUGGUGCGAGGAAAGGUUUGGGGUGCUUGAACACACUGUAAUUUUCAAGACUAAUCAACUCCAGAAGUGCUAUUCUAUCACCGUUUUAGAUAACAGAAUAACACUUUUGGAGUUGGUUUGUUCAUGAAAUUUACACCUAAGAGGCUAAGACCUAGUGUUACGCUUAUGGAAUCAACCUCGUUCCCAGGCUCUUACCUCUUGUGGAGGAAAGACCCUGGUAGGAGCUGGUCACGUGAUCUACUAAAAUCUAGCAGAUUUUUAAUUGGUGAUGAUGUUGAUAAAUAUUUGAUAUUUUUAAUUCAAUUUAUAACUUGCAUUUUAUUUUGCAAGUUUGAUUUGAUUUGAUUUUAAAGGAAUCCAAGAUAGUUAAUUGAAAAUCUGCUAGAUUUUAGCAGAUCACGUGACCAGCUCCUACCAGGGUCUUUCCUCCACAAAAGGUAAGAACCUGAGAACGAGGUUGCUAUAGAGUGAGCCUUGAAAAUCAACUAAACUACUUGUUUCAAUAUUUUGAGUUAGGUUAGGCACAUGCAAAGUUCAACGUUGAUUUCAGACCUCUUGGAUUUAAUUAACCCUAGUUUUAUUUACCCAGUACCAAUUAGCCUUUCUCACGAUGACGAAUAUCCGCCAUUUUUGGGUGGCAUCUAAUUCUCGUUAACCAAUGCAGACAAUUAAAACAGUGUGAAAAGCAAUUUUUCAAAAUAUACUAACCAUAUACAAAGCAAAUUUACCAUCAUUCGUCAAAAAAAAUAUAAAAAGUCGCUGUUAUGCGGACUUAUCUCGCGGACGUCGGCUGAAAUGCCACCCAAAAAUGGCGGCGUGAGAAGGGCUAAUUCGAAUGGCUGCAUGUAUCGUUCUAUUUAUUGGAGAAAUUAUAAACCUAAAUUACCACACGCUAGAAAGCUAUAUUCAUGUUUCUCCAAUGUGUAAAGUCAAUGAGGAAAUUAGAAAUAUCUUUGUAUAUUUUCAAUAACCAUUACCUCUUAAUAAAACUGAAUGAAUCCGCUGUCAACAUUCAUCCAGUAAAAAUUAUUAUGAAGUUGGAUAUUUAAAGGAGAGCACUAGUACUCGUUAAAAUUGCAUACACAGGCUGAUGGCUAAUAAUUAGGCAAACGUAAUUUCUUAAUAUUCAAUUUUUUCAUUACAAAUAUAUUUCUAUAGUAAACAAUGACGCGUUUCUUGAAAAUGUUAAGUCAACGGGGAAAUUAGAAAUAUCUUUGGCUGUUAUCAAAAACGAUGAUCUCUUGAAGAAGCUUAAUGGUUGCACGAUCAACAUCCACACUGUAGAGAUUCAAUCAACGUGUAAGUUGCACGAAGUUCUGAAAAAUUAUUUCCUACCGCCAUGUCUAAAUGUUCUAAGUAUUAAUGACAAUAUCUUAAAUUACCAAGAUAUUUUUGCUUUAAUUACAUCUCUUAAUCGCGUAGUUAGUUUACUUGAAUUAAAUUUAACUGGUACAAAGUUUAAAGAAAGUAGUUUCAAUUGUUUUAUAAGUGUACUUAUUAAUUGUAGUGAUCUAAGAAGUUUGUGUUUAACUGACAAUGGCUUAACUAAACAAGAACUUAACUGCUUAAUAACCGCCUUUGAAUCCAUGAAAAAUCUUAAAAUAUUAAAUUUAUCUAAAAACAACCUUACAGACACUCUGGCGGCUAAUGACAUACAUGGAGGAGGUAAGAGCAUUGUUUGUUUACCUCCAACAUUGGAGGAGGUAAUUUUGAGUGAUAUUAUCCAUGGCGAAGAACUCUUUGCCAAUAUGGUACCGCUGAAACUUAGGCUAACAAAGCUUCAUCUUAGUAAAAUGAAAUUAAGUCCACCUGAUGUUGAGGUGCUAGUGACUAUGUUGAAGUUGUUGCCUUUUCCGUUGUUGUUCCAAGAGCUAGUUUUGACUGAUUUUGUUCUUGUGGACAUGGGAUACGAAGAACUCUGUCGUGCGAUAAACUUGUUCAAAAAUCUGAAAAAGCUUGAUCUUGGGGGUAUGAAAAUACGUGACAAAAAAACCUUCGUUGACAUGCUGUCGUCUCUUUCACUUUUGGAGCAAUUAGUCUUUCCUGACAUUUUAAUGCAUGUUGAUGGUAGCCCAGAGGUUUUUAAGGCCUUAAGAUCAUUAAAAUAUCUUAAACACCUUGACAUAGGCAGGACUGGAAUUUAUAAAACUGAGGCAAAUGCUUUAGCCGAGGUAUUGCCAUCACUGCGGUUGUUGGAAAAGCUAGUGUCGGGAGGGAUUGAAGACGAGUCCUUGGGAAUUCAAAAACCAUUGUUCGUUGCGGUAGGGAAAUUAAAAAAAUUAAAGGAACUUCGGUUGCAGCACCUGGGUCGUAUAAUUACCGAAACUUGUGCCAUUGCUUUAGCCAAGGUUUUGCCAUCACUACAGUUGUUGGAAAAGCUAGAGCUGGGACAGGUCAACUUUGAUAAUGAAACUGAAAAACAACUGUUCGCUGCAGUAGGGAAACUGAAAUAUUUAAAGGAAUUUACUCUACAUUGUUCUGUCAUCACCCAAACUGGCGUAGAGGUUUUAGCUGAGGAACUACCAGCACUGACGUUGCUGGAAAAGGUAAAGUUGUUUCUUGUUGAUUUUAAUAAUGGAAGUGAAAAACUACUGUGUAUAGCUUUAACGUCAUUAAAAUAUUUAAAGGAGCUUAAUUUAGCUAAGACUAAGAUUAACCAAACUGGCGCCGUCGCGUUAACUAAAGUGUUACCUACACUGAAGUUGUUGGGAAAGUUAGUGUUGGGAAAGAUUGACUUUGAUAAUGGAAGUGAAAAACAAUUGUUUGACGCCGUAGGAAAAUUGAAAUGUUUAAAGAGAUUUUACUUAGGCACUGAGAUUACCCAAACUGGCACUAUAACUUUAGCUGAGGUGCUACCAUCACUACAGUUGUUGGAAAAGCUGGUGGUGACUAAGAUUGACUUUGGUAAUGGUAACGACAAGCAAUUUUUUCAUUCUGUAGGAAAAUUAAAAUAUUUAAAGAAAGUUAACUUACAAUUCACUGGCAUUACCCAAACUGGAAUAAAAGCUUUGACAGAGGUGUUAGGAUCACUGCAGUUGCUGGAAAAGCUUUUGUUAGGACACAUUGACUUUGAUAAUGAUAAUGAUAAUGAUAAUGACAAUGAUAACGAAAGUCAAUUUUUUCAUGUUGUAGGAAAUUUGAGAUAUUUAAAGGAACUUGCUUUAGGGUCGACUUAUAUUACCCAGGCUGGCAUCGUAGUUUUAGCUGAGAUAUUACCAUCGCUGCAGUUGUUAGAAAAGUUGGUGUUGGGAAUUAUUGAUUUUGAUAAUGGAAGUGAAGAAAAUCUGUUUUAUGCCAUAAUGAAAUUGAGAUCUUUAAAGAAACUUGACUUAACUUCAACUGAACUUACCCAAACUGGCACUGGAGCUUUAGCUGAGGUGUUGCCAUCACUGCGGAUGUUGGAGACGCUAGCGUUGGGAAAGAUUGAUUUUGAUAAUACUAUUGAAAAACAAUUGUUUACUGCGGUAACAAAAUCGAAAUAUUUAAAGAAACUUAACCUACGCUACACUAAGAUUACCCAAACUGGCGCUGUAACUUUGGCUAAGUUGUUACCAUCACUGCAGUUGUUAGAAACACUAUGGUUGGGAGAAAUUGACUUAAACAAUGAAAGUGAAAAGGAACUAUUUGCUGCUGUAGGAUCUUUGAAUUGGUUGAAUGACCUUGGUUUUUUGCGUACCAAAAUUACCGACGAAAGCGCAGCAACUUUAAUUGGUGUUUUGCCAAUUUUGCGUAACUUAAGAUGGGUUACAUUAUUUCGAUUACCAAGUGAUGCAGAAAGUGACGAACAAGAAACACUUGUAAGUCAAAUUAAAGUGGCGGCACGCCUUGUUCCCGGAUUGGAUAUACUAUAA